UGCGGUAGUUCUCAGUUCAGAAAUCCACGUUUUUUUUUCUCCACUUCACAUAUCCGCCCCGUGUUUUUUCCCCUUCUCCCUCUCCGCUCCAUCACGCCUCCGUUCCUCCGGUCGCUCUGCACUCCCUCACUCUCUCUCUCCCUGCUCCUGCAGCCUGUGGUCAGCCCGCAGUGCGCGAGCGGGACAGCAGAGCUGCAGCUGAGACGCGCUUCGCCUCCACUCACACACACUGAUGCGUGCAGCUGAGGGGGAUGCCAGCCAGGCGGGGCCCGCCUUUCACUCUCCCAUUAGAUAAUGCUCGACCGGCGGCUAUAUAAGCGGCGCAGUCAGCCUCCGAAGAGCCACAUUAGCGAGUGAUGAAUAGCGCCGGACGGCUGGGGUGACCUGAGUUUCCUGAGGCGCGGGGGGCGGGCGCUGAAGCGAGCGCGUGUCCUCGGGAUAUUCUGCAUGGGUCUGAGUGCGCGAGCGAAGAGUCCCGAGUCCUUCAGAGUCUCCGCACUUCUCCCGGUUCUGUGAGUGAGCGAGUCGCUCCGCGGCCAUGGCGGAGGUCGGCGGCGUCCUGGGCUCCAUUGAUCUGGAUUUACAGAGCUUCCCCGCCUUCGGGAAUAUCCCCCUGUCGGACUCCCCGGCCGGCCUGAACGAGCGCCUGGGGCUGAUCGAGGGGCGCCUGCAGCGCGGCUCCCUGCCCGACUUCGACCACCUGAAGGGCAUCCUGCGCCGCAGGCAGCUGUACUGCCGCACGGGCUUCCAGCUGGAGAUCUUCCCCAACGGCACGGUGCACGGGACGAGGCAGGACCACAGCAGAUUCGGUAUCCUGGAGUUCAUCAGUCUGGCCGUGGGACUGGUCAGCAUAAGAGGCGUGGAUGCUGGCCUUUACCUGGGAAUGAAUGAAAAAGGAGAGCUCUAUGGGUCGAAGAAGCUGACAGCAGAGUGUGUUUUCCGUGAGCAGUUCGAGGAGAACUGGUACAACACGUACGCCUCGACGCUCUACAAGCACGCCGACACCGGGAGGUACUACUACGUGGCCCUGAACAAGGACGGGUCGCCUCGAGAAGGCGGGAGGACUAAAAAGCAUCAGAAGUUGACUCACUUCCUACCCAGGCCUGUGGAGAUCGAUAAGAUCCCCCAGGCUUACAGGGACUUGUUCCAGCACAGGUGACCAGAGCUCCAGCCAGUGCUGCUGGAGGAGCGUUUGCGGGGGAAGGAAGUGGGGAUUGGUCGUAAGGGAUGGACAGCGGGAGGGCUUAUGGAGACCCUCCCCUUCUUCCCUUCGCAACUGUUUAGAUUUGCCUUCUGGUCCAAAGUGAGGAGUCCCUC